CGAAGUUUGCAAUUUGAUCACUGGAACUGAACAUUCUUCCGGAAGUGAAAAAAGAUUUGUCAACACCACUGACGGAAGCUCUCGCAAACGGUAUUCAAAUCUUGCAAAACCCGAUACAAAUCACUCAAUUUUAAGAUCGGCUGAAAACUUGACGGAUGAUUCGGCUUUAGUCAUGGAACCAUCAGAGAAGCUGGAAACUCCAUUCGCUCGUUAUCGACGGCUCAUUGACGUCGUCUUGAAAAAAAGGUGGAGUUUAUUCUUACAGUUUCUUUACCUAUUUAUUUGAAGACAUGGCUUGUUGGAUCAUAUCGAAAACCAGUCUUUGGAAGGUGUGGGUGCAAUGGAACCUGUGCCCGAGGUGGAGAUUCGUCGAGAACCAGAUUCAAAAAACAAGUAAGUUUUCUUUGAAGCAAAUAUCUUCACACAUUCCGUGGGAAGAGCUUUUUUCAAACAGUGCAAAAGUUUAAAAACAAAGUUUCAUGAUUGAUGAAUUUUGAUAAUCCAAAUUUUGAAAACUUUUGAAGUAAAAAGUCAAUGUACAGAACGACGGUGAUGCAAGGAACAGACCUCCAGAACCUGCGCUCAGGUCGCUAAACCAGGUUCGACACCCUUGGAUAUUCCGAGCAACAACUCGAGAAAGAUCCCGAAUUGAUCACAGACAGCUGCUCCAUGCUCAAAACUCGUUACGAAGACGGAAAUGCAAAACGAUGGCCGGAAACUUGAUAAAGUGAGUUUCUGAAUAUCAAAAAAAAAUUGAGUUUAAAUGUGAGAUUGUGAAUUUGUAGAAAAAACGUUAACUGAAAACGUAUAAAAGUAUUGUGUGUUCGAAAAAUCCAGAGGAAAGAGACCUCAGAAGAAUAAAAAUUCAUUAUUUGCUGGAAUUGCAUUUGAAUGAAUCUCAGCUUCGAAUCUUGUGAAACCGUUUUAACUAAAUUUACUCACUGUCAAGACGACAGAACCGACAGAUACUUUGAGCUCAGCUGCGGAGUCAUCGGAAAAGCCGGAAACUCCAUUCGCUCGUUACCGCCGGCUCAUCGCCCUGUUCUUAAAAAGCGGUUAAUUUAUUCUUCCUGGCGUCCAUUAUUCAAUCAUUCUAGACAGUUUGACAAAUCAACUCGAAAACCAGCCGCUGGAAGUCAUGCGUCCCGUGAAACCUGGUGUUGAACCUGCGCCCGAGGUCGAAUUCGUCAGAACCAACAUGAAACUGAGUAAGUAGCCCGAAACUCUCAUAAAACUAUUUUAACAUCGUUUUCCUCGCAAUAUCGAUUUGCUAUAAGGGUAAAAAAAAAGCCAAAAAAAAAAGAGCAAAAAAAAAAGGAAAAGGCGGUGAAAGUAUAAUUUUUACGGAAUAUUCGAACAUCAUCCUGAUCGGUUUAAUUCGCUUCUUUCAGGAAAGAGACAUCAAUCAUUAACUCGGCCAAUGUCGCUACUCGACCGUCCACUCGUGCUGCUGCUGCUCGUGCAGCUCACAAAAUUGCUGAGACUCUUAAAA